AUUAUGAGUGAUGCUUAGCGGGCAUGUUAUUGGACACAUUUAUGAAUUUCUUCCUAUAAAGUAGAGAUCGAUACAUAUAUGGACUGAAUUGAAUGCAAAUAAGCAGGAGCACAAACUGGAACUAAAAAUUCGUAUAAAUUUGCUGAUAAAGGUCACUGAAAACUCGAGCAGGGCAGAAAUUAGACACCAUGACUUCUGAAGAAGAAAGCUCGUGAGAAAAUCUUUCAGCCAAGAUUUAAAAAAUAAGUGCGUGUUGAUUUAAUGGCUGGAAUGUCUCUGUGUCCUUCUCCCCACUUGCCACGGAAUAUCCACAAACCCCACAGGGCCUCCAGGGGACUAUUCAAUACUUAUUCUUUUGCAAAUGGCAUUUGUAGAAAUACGAGGCAUUUAUCUCCUCAUAGAACCAGCUACAGAGUAUUACUCAACAAUGCUCCAAGGUUUGACCAUUCAGAGGCGGCGGUUUCAUCUUCAAAUGCUGGAAAUGUUUGGGAUAAUUUUGAGGACAUGGAUAAGGAAAUAGACUAUCCCAUGUUUAGAAGCUUUGAAAAUGACCUAUGCAAACUCACUCUGGCUGGUUACUGCAGUUUAGAGGAGGCCGUUGCAGCAGCAGCAGCAGAUGGUGGAAUAACAGCAGCAGAACACAUUGCUGAUGGGCGUUCUUUGAUGGUUAUUGAAACAUUCAAUCCAGGGUUCCCCGGUGAGCACAGUACCGUCAGCACAAAACUUCUUGUUCCAGCUAGUGACGUUUUGGAAAAGGGUAACGACAUACAAAAGAUAAUGGGAUCCAUCAUGCAACCAGAUAAUUCAUCCAGAAAUAUGCUUGCUGUAUGUUUUAGGAGGGUGAUUAUGCAGCAUAUUUGGAAUUUUGAGCUUUUGUUCUUCACCUCAGGAACUUGUAGAGACAUGGGCAACUUUGCUGCUGAAAGAAAGGUUCAAAUGUUAGGCAGCUUGAAAUCUUCAGAUGAAAAGGUUCUUACUGGACUUGCUGAAGCUGUGUGUCUUUAUGCUGCAGCAUGCCUGGAAGAUGAUUUUAAGAUAAAAAUGCUUGGGAAAAGCUCAAGGAAUUUAUUUCAUAGUUUUCAGAAACCCAAAUGGAUGGCAUCCUCAGAUUCUUGUGUUCGAAUUCGUCCACUUUCUAAAUCUGAAAUUGCUGCUCAUACCAGAACUCAGCUGAAGCAGACUAUCACAAAUCCUGAAAACACAACAGACUUGAGAACAACUGGCCAUAAUUGGUGGCCAUGGCCAUCACAUUUGUCAAGCACACCAAAUAAUUUCAAAAGUGGAUCUAAUGUUUGGAGCAAUGAAUAUAUACCUGUUCAUAAACUACAAAUAGAUGUUGGCAAAUUUAAGGAUGUAAAGUUUCAAGGAGGGCAGAAGUGUGCAGGUCAUGUAUGGGAGAUUAUUCUAAGCCAUCUCCAGCUGGUGGAUUUGGCAAAUGUGCUUGAUAUGUAUUACGAAGAUCCAAGUACUUGCCCUGGGAAGCAGCUCCAGACCAAGAUUGUUUUAGAGCCCCGCAGGCUUGUUAUGAGUAAGAUUACCUUGUCAUUAUGGAAAGCCCUAUAUGCAUCAUUAGUGGGAGGGAUUGCACUGGUUUCUGUAAUUAUUGCGGCUCGGCUUCAGAAGCCUAACACUUUGAAGCCUUGUUUUUUGCCUUCAAAUUCUAUGAUUCUGUCAUCUACUGAUCAAACUCUUGAAGAGUUCCCUGCACAACAAUUUAGGAAGUCCGUGCUUCCUCUGAAUGAAGAAGUUUCAGUGGAGGAAAUGGAGACUAUGUGUACCUUGGCAGUUCAAAUGGUUAAGAAUGCUCUACAGUGGCCAGAAAACAUACAAAGCUGUGCUGGAAAGGGUGCAUGGAUCGGACCAAGCCUGACUGAGUGGGCUAGAUCAGACUAUGAGAGUCCAACCACUGCUGCCCUGGAAGAUGCCCCAGGUUCGAGCAAUAAGGAGGUUGAAAACAUGAACAAUUCAGGAGAACAAGGGUUAAAACAUGCAAAUGCAUCAAAGGGUGACGCAGGUUCUCAGAAUCAUAGUCAGGGUAAUCUGCAAAAACCUAAUGAAGAUGACAUUGCCGUUUAUGAGGUAACACUAUCAAGAAAUGGGGUUUUGCAUGGAUUUCAGCCAAAAACUAAUGCUGCUGUUAAUGGGUGGGCAAGCCAUCCACUCACAAAGGUCUUGUAUGAUGGCCGAAAACUUCGACCUGGAUUGCUAGAGCCAAGGCUUAAGUUCAGUGGUCCACCAACAGAUGCUGUGAUUAUUGAAUUGCUAAUGUCAAAGGAUCCAAACUAUCGGUCCAUUACUGCAAGACCACUCACACCUUGAAGUUUUUCUUUGCAUCCAAACUAAACGCUCAACAAUGGCAUGACUUGUAUGCUGAUGGUGAAUACCGGCAACCUCAAUGAAGGCACCUUGUAGGUAUUUGGCAGGUUAAAUAUUUUCUGUAAGAUUUUAAUGGGAAAGUCAGCAGUCAUGUUUAGAGGAGCCAUGGUGGAGGAAUUAGUAAUUACAGACAAAUUUCGGCAUUGACAUCAUUGACACCUGAGAGAAACACCAAUAUUGAAGCUUGUAGUUAAUCUUGUAUUCUCACAGGAAAAAGGCUAACUGGGGUUUAGUUCUGUAAGUUGAUGGUUAGCUUGUUCAACAUUUUAUACUUCCUAAUGAAUGCCUCUAU